AUGUCGACACCUGAGCCCGCCGAGGGUUCUCAUCCUUCCUCGAUCCUGAACUUGACCAAAAAGUUCAGACAUCUAGGACGUCUUCCCUCGAGCUGGAUCAAAGCAGGCGACGACCGUACUCCUCCCGAAGAAUCCUACCUCUGCGACACUUGCCUCCGUCUGGACCUGAACCUCGAGUCAUUCUACAUCCAGGAAGAUGACCGUGAGUUUGAGAGGACGCAUAAGCCUCGAUAUUUGGGCAGAUUAUCCCAAAUCCGCCAUAAAACCCACUGCCCUCACUGCCGACUGGUGCUCGAAAUAGCCGAUCGUCCUUCCGACCAACGAAACCCCAGUCUUCACGCUGAUGAUGAUCCCUUGUGUUACGCGCGUUGGGUUAUAGACGGGCAGGAAGACCUGGGACCCGACCCCAAUCGCCCGGGAGAACAUAUAUUCAAACCUAAGACACGACGGUUGCUAAUAUAUAGUGACCCUCAAGCAUUCAAAGAUGGAUACAUCGUCCUUCUUGCGGACGACGCCCCGAGUCGAGAAUUCUUUGGGCGCAGAAUCGCCUCUUCUGACCUGCUCGAUCCCCAGCAACUUCGUCAGUGGCUGCACGACUGCGAAACCUACCAUGGCAUGGAAUGCGAAGAGUCGCUGGUACAUCCUGAUCUGCUGGGACAACCCAAAGACGUCUUUCGCGCGAUCGAUGUGGACAGGAUGUGCAUUGUCGAAACUCCCCAGUCUUCCCGCUAUGUCGCCUUGAGCUACCUUUGGGGCAAGAACUUCGCCCAGCUGUUUACAACCUCCAAAAACCUGCCGAAACUGUCGCAACCUGGUGCGCUCGAGAAGGAAAAGCUUCCUCGGACGAUUAAAGACGCCAUCAAGCUCACAAAGAUGCUGCAAGAGAAAUAUCUGUGGACGGAUAGCUUGGCGCUGUUGCACGACGACGGAUUUCAGUAUCAUGACGACUGGGUCUACGCCAGAGCUGCUCUGACCGUGGUUGCCGGUUCGGGCAAGGACGCCAAUGCCGGUCUACCGGGAGUAAGAAAAGAGUCCCGAACAUUCCACCAAGAGAUCGAAGAGGUGAAGCCCGGCCUGCGGCUGAUGGUGUCCCAUCUUGCUGAAGAUUACAUUUCAACGUCACAAUGGGAUUCUCGUGCCUGGACUUUCCAGGAGAGAAUGCUUUCAAGGCGGUGUCUGCUGUUUGUCAACGGGCGGAUAUAUUAUCAGUGUCGGCGGACCACAUUCUGCGAAGAUAUGGAAAUGCCUCGAUCCAAUGGCUGGUCAUUGGACUCGAUCGAUAUGCCAACCAGAAUCUUCCGGGAGAAACCGUUUGUUCAGUUCACCUCAGCGGUGGAACUAUACACCCGACGAGAAUUGACGAAUCCAAAUGAUAUCCUGAACGCUUUUGAAGGAGUGCAGCUGGUAUUAGAGAAACGGAUCGGAGAUAAAAUAUACUAUGGCGCCCUCGAGACAAUGAUGGACCCAUCUUUGCUGUGGGAGUCGACGAAAAGGCUGUCUCGACGAGCCGGGUUUCCGAGUUGGUCGUGGUCCGGUUGGAUAGGGGAGAUACAGUGGAAGUUCACCGAGGUGGCUCGAUCUUGGAUUGAGUGGCAUGCUGAUCAGGUCAUUGGCAUCCAUUCGUUCCCCAAACAAGCCUAUGAACGGAUACCGCCACCUAUACCCCAGCCAGCGUACCUUGGACCGAUGUCGAACCACAAUCUAAGCACCCUGCUUCCUUUAUUACACUUUAGAACGGUCACGGCGCAGUUCAAGCUCACCUCGCCGGCACUUAUUCACAAAUCAGUAAUAUCUCCCUUGAGGAAGAGGCUUACUGGGCCUAGCGCUUUGUCAACAGUACGACCAGCUCCCGCAGAUCCUGGAUUGAUUAGAGCAGGCAUUGCGGAUCGGAAUGGAUUGUGGUGUGGCACUAUUGACCUUGAUGCGGCCUGGAUGCCACGUGUUGGGACGCCGCUGGAUUUCUUGGUCAUGUCAAGGGUAAGUUCAUUUACCGAUGAUGAAUUGGCGAUAUGGGAGGGCACAUUACCAGAUGACGUGGAGGACGUGUUAAACCAGCGGAGCUACGGCGUUUAUAUUCUCAUGUUGGUUUCCAAGAGGGGCGGAAUAUACUACCGUGAAGGGUUGGGACGGAUAUUAACAGAGGCGUUGGACAGAGCCCUCGAGCCUGGGCCGAAAUGGGAGGACAUAGUGCUUGGGUGA